UUGAUCGCUUGAAUCUCCUUGAUCGCUUGACACUCACUUGCAAAAGACAGAGAAGAAGCCUUCCCACCCUAGCUUUGCUCCACCGUCUUUUUAAGACAUGAAGUUACUCUUGAUUGGUCGAGAUUCUCUUGAUCAGUUGGCUCUUUCGUAGUGGGCGUGUGCUUCUGUACGAUAGCAGCACAAGCGAAAGAGGAUCAGCUUGCCCACUCUGGCCCCACUUUGCCAGCUUUUAAAGCCAUGAACUUUUUCUGAUCAACUGGACCUCUCACGAUCGGUUGACCUCCCCUUCUUCGGUUGCUUUAGUAUUACCUUGUUCAGCCCAUCAUGUCCAACACCGUGUCACCAAGCACGACCACGUCGGUAUCGCGUUUUGCGUCGUCGUCACCCCGGUCAGCUGUCUCGACGCCCGCCACUUCCCAUGCGGAUUCAUUUCACGACGUCGAAGGUCCCCAGCAGUAUGGCAGUGAAUUCGAUUGGAUAAAGACGAAAAGAAAUGGACGAGGAGAAUGUUGGGCUCGUAGCCUCGAUGGAAUGGGUUCUUUCAUCCGGCAUUGGCAGCAACGCUUUCACGCAGAAUCUGACGUGAUGGUCACAUGCCUCAUUCGCGAAUCGACGGACCAAACCCCGUCACCGAAGCCAGCUCAAGUCGACAUUGACCUUAUUCGUCGUACCUGGCGUGCCAUGCGCAUCCUCCACCCCAUCGUUGGUGUUCAGCUCGUUGCAAGGAAAGACGUAGGAUUGGCACCGGUCAAACUCCCUGCUAGUCUCAAGGGCAAAGUUGACCUUGACACUGCCCUCUGCUACAAUUUGCUGCGUUCCGAGGAUCAAAUCGAUGCUUGGCUCAAUGCGCGGGUUGUGGAUCAUACCGGUGAGCCGAGGGGCUCUUGCCUCACCGUCGAACAAGAGGAGCUCUAUGAAUGGUGCCGCCAGAAACCUGCGACUGCGGCUCCUGGCUCGCCUCUCAACGGUCACGUCGAUGGUGCUUUUCUCCACUUCUGGCCGGCCCAAAACGAUGCACCACCCAGAAUCCUGUUGGAGCAGUCGCACGUCAUCUCCGAUGGCUUGGGAUGUUUUACCAUGCUUGAUGAGUUCCUCUCGCUGUUGGCUCGCAACAUUGCCGACCGGCAGGACUCGGAUACCUUUCGAUGGGGAAGCGAAGCCCCGCGGCUUCCCCCUUCGGUACAAGAUGCUAUCGCCGACGCACCUCCGACCUGGGAUCUCUCGAAAGAAGAGAUCAAAUCGCUCAAGAAGAUGAAUCAAGAGCGUAUCAACUCCAACUCUGCCUCGGACAAGCUCGUCGAUAAAGUCGGAGUCAAGAUAUACAGUAUGGCGCUUGCCAACAAUGCCUCGCCCAAUCUCAUACGUCGAAAGGUGCUCAAUGCUCCACUCCGCUCUCUCGUCCGUGCCACCGUUCGAUCAGGAGAUCCGAUGCCCAUCGGCAUCUUGCCACCUGCUUCAACAUCAUUCAAGGGGCCUUGGACACACAACGAGUUCAUGACGCGGCACCUCUCGCAGGAUGAUGUGGGCAAGCUGCUCAAGGCUCUUCGGGCGCAGAAACUCACGUUAGCGCCCUUCCUCGAGGCUGUUCUGGCGUUUGCUACGUCAUGGGUCCGCAAGACAAGGGGUCUCGCGCCGACAAAGUCGGGCUGGGACAAGAGCAACAAGGUCCACGCCUGCUUCUCGACACCAAUCUCCAGGAGAGACACGUUGAGACCGCAGCACCAGCGCUAUCUCGGCGACGCCAUGGGCGGAUUUCCCACCCAGAUCCGAGCCACGGAGCUGCAGUGGUCCACGAAAACUCAACAUGACGAAGACGACGAUGAUGCCGUACCCACGCUCGAUGGCGCCUGCCUCGAUCGGGUUUAUAAUGUGAGCCGGGAGCUUUCGGCCCAGUACAAAAAGGGCCGCGACGAGGAGGACUGGUUCAAGAUGGUCAAAGCGACAAUGAUGGACGCCAUGGAGACCGAGUACCUUGUUGUGGAGAACGAAGCCUACUACCCAUCAAACCCUUGGCUGUCGUCUAUUGGACGAGUGGAUCAGCACAUCACGAUGGUCAGACCGGUGCCAGAGAGCGCUGUUUCACUCGAGUCGAUCGACCCCUCGCGCGCCUCGCUCUGUCAACUUGGUCCUGCGUCAAAACAUCAGAAUCAGAGGCGAAUUCAUGCAGACCAUGCCCGGCUCGUCGUCCGUGUUGGCCACACGCAGCCCUCUGUGCAGGCGUACAGCUAUGGGCAGGAUGGUCUCGUCAUCCAACUCGCCUACCCACCCUGGUGGUACGACGAAGAGGGUUCUUCCGGACGAGCCGUAGUCCGGAGGGGCAAGCGCGUCAAGGGUCAGUCUACGAAGAACAGUGUUCGCAUCCCAUGGAUGAACACCAUUAUGGCCAUAAUCGCGGCUGCUGUCGAGCAGGGCAGCUUACUUUGAUCCCAGGCUGCAUCUUAUACCCACUUUCCUCUGAAAAGCCACAAACACUGGCUCACUUCACGCUCUCUCGAUUGUUGGUCGCAUUUACACACUCUCUAGGUAAUCCUGGACCUUUCGUCCUCACUUUGUAUUAAAUAGACGUCUAUUUUAGAUAAGCAUC